AUGACCAACACCAACACCAACGACUCCGGACGUUUCCUUGAACCACCGCAGACCUCGCUCGACUAUCUGAUUCUGUUUGCCAUAGGUAGCGUAUUCAUCGGUCUCAUAAUCUCCACCAUCGGAUACAUCAUUCCCCGGAGCCACACCCCCGACCCCUCACUCACUGCAAGACAACAAGAAGCUGUCGACACCUACUACGCCAAACUCGGCAACGAUCUCGACAUUUGCAUCGUCGUCGGUAUGGCCUUUAUCGGAUUGGGCGGCAUUGUGACGUCCGCCGUGUUUUGUAAGACUAUUAUAUGCCGAGAAUGUGACGUUGGGGACGAGGAGACCUACGGCCUGACAGACCACCCGGGCCAAGUUGAUGGUGAGGGGUACGGGACAGUCGAGGGGGGUCAGUACAGGCCGUUACAUACACCGACAAGUGACUAG